UUCAUUCUCACAUCUAAAUAUUAUAUCGUUCUUUUUAGGUGAUAUAAAGAAAAAGUAACGACAACGAUAUCGGGAGCGUACGAUAACAAUUUAUGUGGACUUUUGCAAAUCGAUGGAUCCUAUAACUGACACACAGUUGACGGCAACAAACACAUUAACAUCGUGUCCAACAGCGACAAUAAUGAGCGGUAACAGUAGCGGUGGCAGCAGUACGAGCACUCAUCACCAUCAUCAUCAACAGCAGCAACAAUACAAUGCCCAUGGUCAACCAACGACGAUUUUAAGUCCGAAAACUGAAACAGCACUAUCACCGGCCGGCGAAGCGCAAACCACCACCACCGGUUCAAUGGCUACAUCGAAGGAAGACGAAGAGGAUUCAAGUAAAGACGAUUCAUCUCAUUGCAAGAGCCCAGGUCAACGGACCAAAUCAAAUCAACGAUGGAUGAAAUUACGAACAACCGUACAGUUGUCAUCGGCCAUACAGAAAAAACCGCCCCUGAAGCGAGAAGAUUCCUUUCUAAAACGAUUCUCAACACGACAAAUACCGGAAACUCAGGAAACGAUGGAGGAAACGGGUUCGGAGAGUGCAUCGGGCGAUCAUGAUAAAAUUUCAAAGCGACGCCGACGCUAUAACCAAAAGCGCCGUUCCGUUGUCAAUCCGGAUGAAAAUUUCUAUUUUUACUGGUUAAUGGUGCUCACCGUAUGCAUUUUAUACAAUUUAUGGACUCUCAUCGUUCGCCAAAGCUUUCCCGAAUUACAGGAAUUGGUGCCGAAUUUUUGGUUCGGUUGUGACUCCAUCAGUGAUAUAAUAUUUAUAUUUGACAUCGUUGUCCAGCUUAGAACGGGCUACCUUGAACAAGGGCUUAUGGUUUAUGACGAUAAAAAAUUGGCCCUUCACUACAUGCGAUCGAAAAAGUUUCUCUUCGAUUUGACUGCUUUAAUACCAUUAGAUUUACUUCAAAUUAGACUAGGCACUCAACCGUUACUUAGAUUUCCACGUUUUUUAAAAGUUUACAGAUCUGUUAAAUUUUACUAUAUCGUUGAGAGUAGAACUGUAUGGCCGAAUUUAUGGCGCGUAGUUAAUUUAAUUCACAUAUUGCUGAUAUUAGCUCACUGGUUUGGAUGUUUCUAUUUCCUGCUGUCGGAAGUCGAAGGAUUUCAGGGCGACUGGGUUUAUCCGUACCGGCCGGGUGAAUAUGCAACCUUAACUAGAAAAUAUUUGGGCAGUUUAUAUUGGUCAACGUUAACACUAACAACCAUUGGUGACUUGCCAACACCAGAAACAAAUGCUGAACCAUCCAACUCGCCAGACGGUCCAAGAUCGCUACCGCGCCGUGGUAUUAAGUCACGUUUACUUCAGUUUGCAUCAAACUAUGGAUACAUCUUUACGAUUGUCAGCUAUUUAAUCGGUGUAUUCAUAUUUGCAACGAUUGUCGGUCAAGUGGGUAAUGUGAUAACCAAUCGAAAUGCAAAUCGACUGGAAUUCGAAAGACUUUUGGAUGGUGCAAAAACCUAUAUGCGACAUCAUAAGGUACCCGGUGGUAUGAAACGACGUGUGCUACGUUGGUACGAUUACAGCUGGUCACGUGGACGAAUCCAAGGUGGUGGUGAUAUCAAUACGGCUCUAGGUCUACUACCCGAUAAACUAAAAACUGAAUUGGCACUUCAUGUUAAUUUAAACGUUCUAAAAAAGGUGACAAUUUUUCAAGAAUGUCAACCAGAAUUUCUACACGAUUUAGUGUUGAAGAUGAGAGCGUACAUUUUUACGCCUGGCGAUUCGAUAUGUCGUAAGGGUGAAAUCGCACGUGAAAUGUUUAUCAUAGCCGAUGGAAUUUUGGAAGUGCUUAGCGAAACCGGAAAAGUACUAACUACAAUGAAGGCGGGUGAUUUUUUUGGCGAAAUCGGCAUCCUAAAUUUGGAUGGUUUGAACAAGAACAGGCGAACGGCAGAUGUUCGAUCAGUUGGUUAUUCGGAAUUGUUUUCAUUGUCUCGUGAGGACGUGUUGGCCGCCAUGCAAGACUAUCCAGAAGCAAAAGAAAUUUUAAAAACAUUAGGACGUAAACGUUUGAUGGAAGUGCGAUGUGUCAACAAGAAGCACGCUAAAAAUGUGGCCGAGCGUGAAAGUAUUGCAAGUAACGUGCAUCUUCGCAAUAAAAAUCUAGAUAACAGUAGUGAUAGUAAAAAACGCAUUGUAGAUAAACUACGGAGCGAUGUCAAGGGGAUAAAAAAUGUGUUAAAAAAGUCCAGAUGGGCAACGGGUCGAAGGAGCAACGAAUCGAUUGAAUUACAACCGCUUCACUUAAAAGGUCCAAAGGGAGUGUUACGCCGAAUGCCACGUGUUCGAUCCGAUGAAAUACAAGAAACAAGCGCCGACCAAGCACAGCAUGCCCAUGAAAAAGACAAAACACCCAGUCCAAUUGGAGCUGGAUUGCCACUAUUGCAUCGACUUCGAUUGCUCAAGGAAAAACAAGAUCGCGAAGAGCGAGCUGUAAAACCUGCACAACCAAUGCUAUCAUCACCACAAAAUACUCAUGUUAGAUCUGCUGUUUCGCCACAGCAAUCAAUUCAAGAAGAAAACGAACAACAAACGCCGGACGUUGUUGGUCCUGGUUUGCCGCUUAUUAAACGUUUAUUACUGCUUAAAGCCAAAGAAGAACGUUUAGCCAAAGAAUCACAAGUGAAGUCUGCACCACAAACGGCUGUAACGACAAUAAGUGAUGCAGUAGCAUCAAAUUCCAUGUUGAGUUCCUUGAAAGCAUCAACGAAUACAACGACCAGUGUUUUGGUUGGUUUGGUGCCGGCACCGACACCAGUUGCAAGCGGCUCUAAGCCAAAAGUAUCAUUUCGUGAUCGCAUCAAAAGUCUACAGCAUUCGGAGAGUAAACAGGUACCAUUUAUAUCAUCAAUAACUGCCAGCAGUCCAACGUGCACCAACAAAGAGCACAAAUCGACCAGCGAUGAUAAAGAGAAACUUAUUGAAACCGUUCCAAGCGUAGCUAGCAGUACUGCAAUGGCGGGCCCAUCAAGUAGCGAAAAUGGAAAGUCCAUGAAACAAUCCAGUUCUCUAUCGUUUAAAAAUAAAAUAAAACAAUUGAGUCACCAACAUGCCAAAAGUGAAGAUUUACAAACAGCACAAUUAAAACCAUGGUCAAAACUAAAACUAGCGACUGUAUUAAGUGGUGGCAGCAGUUAUGCAAGUUUAAAUAAUAGUUUUGCCGAAUCAUCACCAACUCAUAUACAACAACCGCCCAUUAAAAUAGCUAAAAUACGACCAACAACAAGCGCAAGAGUUUCGAUUCCAACGAGUGAAAUAGCAACAACAAGCCAUACAAUGUUGGCACCGCUAAAGAUCGCACAAAAAAGUGAUAAAUUGAUUGUAAAGGCAACCGAACGUAUUUGCACAAGUGAUAGUGAAAUUCGACAUGCUGAAUGGCCACCUGGUAGCAAAUCGAAAUUUAAAUCAAGAUGCCUUAAAUCACAAGGCGAACAGAAAAUUUAUCGAUCGGUUGAUGAUUUAUCACCGGAAUAUGGGGGCCUUCCGUUUGUCAAAAAAUUAAAAAUCCUUAAUGAACGCCAAAAACUCGCCGAAUUAGAAUCGGUUAUGAAAACACGAAGCUUUAGCCUUGAUUGCCCUGAUUGGAGCGAUGGAAAUGAACCAGAACCAUUGAUACGAAGCCAUAGCGAAGGAUCGGGCAUGAUACGAUCAAAAAUAUCAACAAUAACAACAGUCGCACCAACAACUUAUAUGAAUAAAACCAAUACAAUUGUACCGAUAGCUCCAUUGAAUAUGCCACGAACACCCGUCAGCCCGGAAUCGAAUGAAACACUAGAGCGGCGUGAAUUGAAAAGUAUUUUGAAGAAAUUAACGGAAGAGAAGGGUGCAACACCGAACCAACAACCAAAAUUAGGGACUAAUGAACCGGACGAAUUAAAGGGAUUGCUUAGUGCACCGACCGUCGAAGGGUACGUUGCUAGACACAGCAAAUUUAUGAAGAGCGUAACCUUCAAUUCAACUCUUUCCAGUCCACCGAAUAGUGCGCACAGUGCGAACGAUGACCGUAAUCCAUUUCCACUGCUGUCGAGCGCACAAUCAUCAAACGAAACGUCGACAACACUCAUUCAAGUCGAACAUCAUGAACAACAACAAUUCAUUCAAUCUGAUCACUCUUUUUUAUUAUUAUCCGACAGUAAAAAUAAUAAAGCUAGUAGUUUACAGGAAGAUAUAUCGAUUACCGAUGAUAUUUUCUUAACACAAGAACAAAUAUCAUCGCCACAAUUUCAGUCACAACAACUAUUUGGGAGCGUUUCGCCCCAGAAAAUUGAAGACUCCAGUCCACUGAAGGGGUCUACAAAUCCAUUUAUCACUAAUAAAAUUAAGGUUAAAGGUUCAUUUGAGGAACACGAGCUCUUUAGCGAAGUAUUGAUAGGCAUAAAGCAUGUGAUUCAGACACAUUUACUGGAUGUGCAAACCAGAUUUGAAGAUCAUUUUCAAUCGCUGGAUCUUGAGAUACGUCAACGCGAUCAAUUGAUAAAUCAGCUACAACAUCGAAUUCAAGAGCUUGAAAAUGUGUCACCAACAACAAUCGCUAUGAUGGCCGCUGCCUCUACUAGAAAUGGAAGCACAGGAUCCUCUGGCGAUAUUCCCUUUGUGCGCGGUGAUUCAUUGGAUACAAUUUUUGCAUCAUCGCCGCCUGAUAGUGAGCGAGAAAAUCGGAUUAAAGCAAAAACAAAGAAACGAAGUUCACCGCGUCGACGACGCCAAUUGGAACAACAGCAACAAGAGAGUACUGAUCAAGAAACAUGUCUCGAGCCUGUAACGAAUUUAUCGCAUCUACGAAACAGCUCGAGCAUGAUUAUUGACGCUGCUGGAAAUAUCAAACAAUUGUCUGACUCCGUAAUUCUGAAUAUUGAAACUAGCUCCGAUACAAGUUCUAGCAUUGAUGACGAUGUACAUGAAGUAGACGAAGAGGUCGACGAUUAUAUUCAAGAAGAAGAGGCAGAAGAAGAUGACGAAGAUGUGGAUAUUGACGAAGAUUUGCAGCCGGAUAAUUGGGAAAUUAGAAUGUUGGCGGCCGAGUUGAAUCGACGAGAAAGUCGACGAGAUGAACCACUCAGUUCAGAAGCAAGCGAACCGAACGAGAGCUCGUCGGGUGCACGGCAUCGAUCUCAUUUACGUAGUGACACCUUGGACACAGACACUGAAAAUAGCGAACUGGAAAUCGAUCGGGUGCAUCGUCCACGAAGUCGAGCCGCCAGCUUUGAUCAACAAAGUGUACCCCGACAAAGACCCAGAGGCAUUUUAAAAGCUUUCAGUUUCGAUCGAGAUAAGAAUCAACUUUGAGGGUUAAGUUAUAACGAAAUAUGUACAUAUGCACGCCUAGUUACAUAAGAGAACAAGAUUCAAAAAUCGAUAUUACUAGAGACAAUUUCUUUUAUCUAUUUAUUUUUUUUUCUUUUUAUCGUUAGUUUAUCUCCGUUUUACACUAAUUGAUAACUAUAAUGGCAAUUCGAUUAUUCUUCAUCUACAAUAAUAGAAGAAAAAAAUCUCUUGAAACUCCUUUUGCAAUCACGUCAAUCUCCAAAUAUUUUCCAGCUGACUUAAUCUUUUUUCUUGAACUCAAAUACAAAAUUCCACCAUGAUUGUGUGUGGCUUUGGCACUGAAGUACUGCUUUAACCAAUUAGAAAAGCAAAACCACUUGAGAUUUAUGAUGAUGAAAAACGACUGGCAGUUGUGUAUUUGUUGGCAAUUUUUGAGUCAGCAAAGGGUAAGAGGGAAUCUAAUUUCAUAUUCUCGCUUAUGGGAAUUUCUGUAAGCGAGACUAGAUGAUCAGAUUCGUUAAACCAUUUUCAUUCUCAUAUAUAAUAUGUUUUGUGCAAUGAAUUACUAAAUGCCAAUGAAAUUAAAUACAAUUUCAUAAAAGCACAAUAAAACAGGCCCAAAAAAGUAUAUUAAACCAAAUGGUCAGAUAUGUUUCUACGUAAUUCUCAGCAUAGGAACUUCAAGAGGAAAAAAAAAUGUAAAAUCAUCAUAUUUUUAAGUGUUUUUAUAACCCGAUGUGACCUAUAUUGUGUCAAUUUUGAUCAAAAGUUGAUAAGUCAAAACUGAAUCCAUCAAUUUAGCGCCUAAGCUUGUUGAUCGCAGAAUAAUACAAAUAAAAAAGUUAAUUUUAUGAAAAAAGUGACCGAACGAUUGAUAAACAUUUUGAUUCGAUUUAAAAAUUAAGUUUCAGAAAGCCAGACGAUGAUCUGUUAGUUUUACUGUGUAUCAUUUCAAUACGUACUAUGAAUCGAUUUUGGUUGAUCGCAAGCUUAUUCAAAAAAUAAAAUAUUUAAUUUUGGUACACGAGUUAUCAAUCAUUUGGUCACUUGCACAUCAAAUAAGAUUAUUGUACAUAUAAAUAGAAAGAUAAAAAGCAUAAUUCUACAAUCCACUUUUUCGUCCCUAUAAUGUAAGUAAAUCAACCAAAUGAGAGUGUGCUUAGUACCUAAACAAAAAACCUGACACAAAACUACUAUUUAAAGCAUUAGAUACUUUUUUUCAUGAUAGACUUUAAUUAGACACUGAAAAUUUAUGAAAAACCUUAUUACUAAUAAUAAUUUGCAAUAGCAAAUGUUCAUAAGAUAAGACCAUGAUCAUCGGUCCAGAAACCGUUUCCAUUGAUUGAGCUCUGAAUUUCACUCUGGCAGUGCGCGCACUAGAGUGGUAAAAAAAGUUUAUGGUAUCGAGAUUUCCCAUCCGGGUUAAGAAAAAAAAAUAACAUCAUGAAAGUUUGAAGAAAUUUCAAUGAAAAUUAGAGCUACCCUCCAUACAAAAUUUUUGAUUUUUGGCUCAAUUUACAGCUCUGUCCAUUGAAUAAUUUUUGAAUUGAUUUGGUCUUGGCGCAGACCGAUUUAUUUGAUAAUGCUAUGCAGAUUUUUAUGUCACAUUCACACUCAAUACCAUUAAAAGUUGCCAUCGAACAUCAAUUCCAUUAGACAAAAAGUUAAAAAUUCUUUCAAUUCACUCAUUUCAAUAUGAUUAAUGUACGACCAUAAGUUAUUUUUCGUAUUAUCUUAAAUGUUUGUGUCAGGUUCAAACAAAAAGAAAUGCAUUUCGUAUUGAUUCCGUGAAAUCGCUGCGACAUCGGUGCGUCUCACAAACAAACGAAGAAAAAAAAACAAAUAAAUUUUAAAACUUUAUUAAUUAAAUGAUCGAACAUAAUGAGAAUAAUUUUGAAUGUUUUCAAAUGAAUAUAUUUGGUAGAAAAUAAGAAACUAUUAUAAAGUUCAAUAAUAUAACAAACAGGCAAUACCGUCAGAUGGAUCUAUACGCUUUGAUGAAUCCAAGCGAUGGAUAUCUGACCAUAUUUCCUGCAAAAAAAAAAUAUAACAAAAGAAUUAUGAAAUUUCAUUUAUAUUUUAUCUGUGAUAGCAAACAGAAACUAAAUAAUUUCUUAUGGUGCGAAUUCGAUUCGAAGACAUCCGACGAUGGAGAGUUUCCCACUCACAUUCCUCAAUACUAAAGUUCUGUUGACAUUUUUCAUGCAAUAACUUUACACAUCGUCUGUUUUUUUUUCUCGUUGUGGUUUUUAUUAAGAUAAACACGUAACAUAUCAAAUAAGCGACAACAGACCAUUUAGUUUCUCCCAUUUUCUAUUGACAUUAAAAUGCCCAUCAAAAAGUAUCAAGUAAUCUGAUCGAGUGUUGAAUUCGAUAGGUUUUCAUGUUUGUAUUCAUUAAAACCUUCGAGUUAGACGAACACUUAUGAAAAGAAUCUUAUCAAAUAUAAAUCAAAUGAUGGACGAUGCUACUUUAGUGGCAAAUUUCAAUAUAAAUUGUUAUUUUUCCAUUUCUUUUGGAAAGUAAUCACUUUUUGAAGGAACAGAAGGAGAGGGAGAAUUUUCAAACUCUCAGCUCAGGUGCAAAAUGUUACGAUAAAGAAUUAAGAAUUUCUAAUGGUAAGAAGCGGCGAGUAUGAAAAAUAGAAAAGAAACAGUUAUAUAACAGAUAUAAGAAAAUGGACCGACCAAUAUUGAUUUAAUGAGCGAUUUGAAUGUUACAAAAUGUAAAAAAUACGUAUGAAUGUUUAUAUAAAUGUUGAAAUAAAUUCGUUUAGAUUUCUAUUUAUUUAUUUUCGUGCAAAAAUCAAGUGUAAGAAUUAAGAAACUUUAAAGUGCCUAAAUGGCUAUCUCCUUACGUUAUUUGUUUUUCUUUUUAUUUAUUUAUUUUUUUUAUUGUUUUCCACUUUCAUUCCUGAAUCCAAAACGAAGAAACAACAAUGAAGAUAUAAAAACAAAUUCAAAUGCAUUUAUUAUAAUUAUUAUAACUAUUGAAAUCUUGAUCUCAGAAAUUGAGAAAGAUCAUAACGAAAGAAAAGAGUACCGGAUAUGUUGACUUAAAUUAUUUCAAUUGAUACAAUAUUUAAAAAAAAUAGUAUUAAAAAUCAUCUUAAAAAUUGGCAUACAUUGAAUAAAAAAACGCCCUAAAACAUUUAGAAUUAUAUUUACG